GCAGGCACAACACGGCGCGAGUCGUUUACCGAGGACCUUAUGAUAAAGCCACUGGCCGACGGCAAGGUCCUGCUGCACUUUGAAUUUGUGAUUGAGCGGAGUCUGGCAGGCGCCAGCAACGACAGCCAGCUUGCGCACCACUACCACCUGUUUCCGCGGCAAAUCGGCGAAAUCGCGCAGCGGUACAACGUCGACGAGCUGCACCUGGCAUUCACGCAGGGAAACUGGAGAGAGGCCAGGUGGGGGUACCCGCCAGUCAACUCGCAGGGCGUCGGUGCCGAGGUGCGCGCGCGGAUUAGGGGCGCCGAAGAGCAAUCUGCAGCGCAGUGGAAGGGCCUGACGAACGCGCUGUCGGGGGUCUUUUGCGCGUCGCUGAAUUUCAUUGACGAGACCAACACUAUCACGCCGCAGCUGACAUUUACCGACGAGUCCGCAUCCAGCAGCACGAAAGAAGGCAUCUUGCGGCAGGGAUAUUUGCCGCGAGAGAACGUGUGCACGGAGAACCUCACUCCGUGGAUUAAGCAGCUGCCCUGCCAGUCCAAGAGUGGCGUCGGCGCGCUGCUCAACCCACAUCGGCUGUACAAUAUGCACUUCAACUCAAUGGGCAUUUCGCUGGAGCCUGUGGGCCGGACAAGGCACGGUGGGCGGCCAGCAGCACUGCGGUAUAAGCAGCACUUAUCGGUGGUUCUCGACCCGCGCACGUUUGGUCUGGGAAGCAAGUGGACGGCUUCGGAGCUGGUGGGGAUGCAGCUGGCACCAGCGUGCCCAGUUGCCGAGCGGAGCACGGUGCGCGUCAUCAUUGCACCUGGGUCGGGCGUGCGUGUGACGCCUGCGGCGUCAGCACUGGGAAAGCUGGCGGGGCUGGACAUGCACACCUUCGACUUGAAGAGCCAAAGGUCAAUGGGCGAGAUUGAGCUUGAGUUUGAUAGCAUGGGGGCGAAGGAGAGCCCGUUGCCGGUGUUGGGCGUACACCGCCACGUCACGGGCCAUGGCGGUAGCAGCGGGGGCGUCGAGGCGGUCAUUGUCAAUCGCGGCGACAAGGCUGUGGAUGUCACGUACAUGGACACCCUCCCAUGGUACCUCCGGGUAUACUCACACACGCUGGAGAUUCGCACACAAAGGGGCGGCGAGGGGGCGGCAGAUGCAGAUGCAGAUGCAGGUGCAGAUGCAGGUGCAGGUGCAGGUGCAGGUGCAGUGGCAGAGAGGCUGGUGCCGUCGAGGUUGCUCUUCAGCCCUGCGGUUGACCGCGGGCGACCGUCGACGAUGGAGCUGGCGCUCAGGCUGGGACCGCAGUCUCGCACGACGCUGCGCUACAGCUUUGACAAGGGCUUUUUAAAGUACACGGAGCACCCGCCGGAUGCCAACCGCGGAUUCAAUAUUGGGCCGGCUAUAGUGUCAUACACAAGCGAUGCGGACAACACCACGGCUGUUGAUGGCGGCGGCGGCGGCGGCGGCGGCUGCGUGGUGCGGGCGUAUAGCGAGUUAUUCCUGGCCAGCCUGCCGACGCCUGAUUUCUCGAUGCCCUACAACGUCAUUACAUUUACGUGCACGAUUCUCGCGCUGUUCUUUGGGCGGAUAUUCAACUUGCUGACGCGUGAUUUUGCGGUUCUUAACGAUGAAAAAGCCGGAAAGGAGGAG